AUGGGUAAACAAUGGUGCUCUUUGUUCAUAAUCACAUUCUUUGAACUAUGCACAUUUACCUUCUCUAGGCUUGAGCAAGUAACACCACCCCCCUUGCCAAUUCUACCACUUCCUACAUAUCACCAGCUGAAAUGGCAACAAAGGGAGAUAAUAAUGUUCCUCCAUUUUGGAGUGAACACAUUCACUGGCCUUGAGCGUGGCACUGGGAAUGAAAAUCCAGCCAUAUUCAACCCGGUUGCACUUGAUGCGAGCCAAUGGGUUAGUGUAGCAGAAGAUGCAGGGAUAUCACUAAUGAUACUUACUGCAAAGCACCAUGAUGGGUUUUGCUUGUGGCCUUCUAAGUACACUGACCAUACUGUAAAAAAAAGUCCUUGGAAAAAUGGCCAUGGUGAUGUUGUUCAGGAACUGGUUGAUGCGUCUAAGCCCCGUGGGGUUGAUGUUGGGCUGUAUCUCUCACCCUGGGAUAGACAUGAUCACAGAUAUGGGAUGGAGAAACCAUAUAACGAAUACUACUUGGCUCAGUUACAAGAGCUACUCACUAGAUAUGGGAGUUUAAGAGAAAUUUGGUUUGACGGAUUUAAAGGUGAAGAUGCACCAAACAUGUCCUACUUUUUUACAGAUUGGUUCUCUAUGGUGAAGGAGUUGCAGAGUUCCAUUAACAUAUUUUCUGAUGCUGGUCCGGAUGUUAGAUGGGUUGGAAAUGAGGAUGGGUUUGCCGGAGAAUCAUGCUGGUCCACCAUCAAUCGGACCUCGUUAUCAAUUGGGAAUGCAAGCAUUGAGCACUAUCUCAACAGAGGUGAUCCGAAAGGGACAGAUUGGUUGCCAGCAGAGAGCGAUGUUUCAAUCCGAAAAGGAUGGUUUUGGCAUAGUUCAGAGUCACCUAAGAAGCUAAGCCAGCUACUCAAAAUUUACUAUAACUCAGUAGGACGAAAUUCUGUGUUACUACUCAACGUGCCUCCUAAUUCAACAGGGCUCAUAUCAGAAGUAGAUGUUGAAAGACUCCGAGAAUUCAGAACAGCAAUCGACACCAUAUUUUCGACAAAUGUAGCAGAGAAAUGCUCCAUCAAGGUGAGUAGCCAAAGAGGGGGUAUUGGAGGAGGUUUUGGACCUGAAAAUGUGCUAGACAGUGACCAUUUGUGGACAUAUUGGGCUCCGAGGGAUGGUGACAAAGAUGAUCACUGGAUUGAAUUUAGAGCAGAUGAAGGGAUGAGGUUCAAUGCGAUCAGGAUUCAAGAGGCAAUUGGUCUUGGUCAGAGGAUCAAACGGCACAAAAUUUGUGUCGAUGGUAAAGUAGUAGCUAAUGGAACCACAGUGGGUUACAAGAGACUUCACAGACUUAAUAAUGGAGUAGUCCAUGGCCAAACUGUAAGAAUCAGAAUUGAAGAAUCGAGGGGUAAUCUUCCUUUGAUUUCAUCCAUUGGUCUGCAUUUUGAUCCCUAUUGGCACCCAGAGAAAGGUGUAUGA